AUUAUUUUAUAAUUAUGGAUAUAAUUUUUUUUUUCUACGAAGAGAAACAUUGUUUUACGAAAAUAAACGUAAAUAUAUAUCUAUUAAAGAAACGUUUGGAAAGGCGCGUACAAAUUUCAACUUAAGUGUACACAGAAUGCAGGUCUGCUUCUAAUCACAUACAAGCCUUAUAAGCUGUUAUCUGUAUUAAGAUGAUAUUUGCUGAGAAUAAUUCUAUGUUAUGAUAAUUGACAACAGGUGCCUUUGCUGUUCUUAAUGAGAAGACAUCAUUAUUAGUCAUCGUAGUGAAAAGGUGUUUGACAGAGGAAGAGAUCUUAAAUUCAAGCAAAAUACUUUAUAUGCUUUUUCUUUUUUAAAUACACUUACAUAAUGUGUGUAAAAAUAAUUUUAUUAAAUUAUAUAAACAUACAAUUGUUUAUAUUGAUGUUAAAUGUACUAUUACAAACAAUUGAAUCUACCCAAACUUCGUUAAAAGACGAACUCAGAAAUUUAACAUGUCCAUUACCACUGAAAACUUUGGAUUUUAUUUACAACUUCACGCAACCAGACUUGGAAAUUAUAUGGCCUUGUGAAGUUCGUUUUUACUGGUUAUCGUUACAACCAUUUGUUAAAUUUGUACGUUUUCUACUUGGCUAUAUAACGCCUUUUAUUAUAAUUCUUGGUGUAAUAUUAAAUACAAUUUCUUUUGGGAUGCUAAGUACUCCUAUACUUUGCGAAUCGAAUUUAUCACUUUAUUUAAAAGCGCUUGCGUUAUCUGAUAACGGAGCGCUAGUUUUUAAUUAUGCUGUAGGUCUUGCUAAAUCAAACUUUACGUUUGUUAAUAAUCUUUUCAUGAAUAAUAGGUUCCUGUGUAGUUUAAAUUCUGUUAGUAUGGAAUUCUUCCAAUUUACAUCUACUUGGUUGGUUGUGGCUCUCACCUGGAGACGAGUUUUCGCUAUUAUGUUUCCUUUUGGAAUACGUAGUUGUUGUAGUAAUUGCUCUGAAAUAAUAACUAUUACAAUUUUAAUAUUCGUCAGUUUUAUCAUAUCAUUAACAAAGUUAUACUCAGGAGGAUACGAAACGGAUAGUGUUUUCGAAUUUAUUCCAUGUCAAAAGAAAAUAAAACCAUGGGGUAGUGCUAUGUAUUUCUACAUUGCUUUAUCAACGUGGUUGCCAUUACUUUUCAUAUUUAUUGGAAAUGUUUUACUUAUCUUACACAUGAAGAAAACUGAGAAAAUUCAUUGUCAGUUAACUCAAAAUUUCAGACAUAAAACAAAUAGAACACAUCAUACUUCCAGAACGUUACUUGUUGUGUCAACCGUUUAUUUAAUAUUACUGUUACCCCUUGGCAUAGUUGAAACUUUGGAACUCUAUUGGGAUAUUAUCCUGAUUAAAUUUCCUGCUACUGAAACAAAGGAAAAAGCAGAAUAUGUACAUUGGUUGAAAGAGAAAAUGUUGUUGAAAUGGUGUCGUGGCUUAUGUUUUCACGUAUACCACUGGAAUUUUGCAGUUAAUUUCUUUUUAUACUACUUAACAGGUGAAAAAUUUAAAAAGGCUGUGAUACAGACUCUAAGUCGUUACAAAGACUACGGCACUAAUGUAUUUUCAGUAUAUUCCGAAUACAUUAACAAAUGUAUAUUUUAUUACAAAUAUUCUACACAUUUAAAAUCAGUACAGUCAUCAUUAUUGUUGACAAGAGCUAUCACGCUUAACGAGCAAAGAAUUGCUGAUAGUAUUUCUGCGUAUAAUAUCAUGUUACGAAUACUUACAAUUAGUAUUAAUUUUUUUUUUUUUAAAGACUGUUAGCAUUAAAGAUAACAAAAUACUUUUUCCAUAUGCACACAUUUUUA